GCAAGCCCGUAUCUAAGUUGCAUUGUUAAGCAUCACCAUUAGCGUCGUCUUCACGAGAACUAGAGAGAAAUGUCAUCUGUUCUUCUCAUCAGGGUUGUCACCAUACUGUUGGCGGCGGCAGCCGGAGCUUGCACAUUGGUUCACAAAACCAUCGAGAGCGACAAUGGCGACUUGAUCGACUGCGUGGACAUGUACCAACAACCGGCGCUCAAGAACAUUUCACCCGGCCGCCGGCAGAUUCAGGCGAAGCCGGAGAUGAGCAUGGAAGCAGUAGUAAUGGCGGCCAACGCCUCUAGGUCGUCGAUGGUGCGGGCGCGGCAACAAAUCUGGUGGAAACACGGCAGCUGCCCGGCGGGGACCGUCCCUAUCCUCAGGGCCUCCGGCCGCGCCAACCCGGAGGUCGCCGAGCUGGUGCGCCGGGCCUCGCCGUUCGGGCGCCCAGCUGGGUCCGCCUUGUGGGACACCUCCGAAGCCAUGGACACGCCGACGGGCAAAGUGGAGGUGGCCGCUGCUUACUCGACGAACGGGCCUUUCCUUGGGGCUCGGGCGGACAUACCUUACUGGAGGAUCGACGUGCAUCCUGGCGAGUUCUCCAUGAACUACAUUUUGAUUGGUUACACUCUGGACACCAACUACGUGCCGAUGCCGGGGUCUAAACCGCCUGCAGAUCUUACCAACCAGAUUGCCGUUGGUCUCGUCGCUUGGCCUUCGCUCUUUGGAGACUCCUUAUCGAGAUUGUUCGUCUAUUACACUACUGAUGGUGGAGUUCACAACAAUUGCUUCAAUCUUGAUUGCGGAGGGUUUCACCUUCACCAGAGCUCGUUCGCUCUUGGAGAUGCAUGGAGAGACAGUGACUCACAGGUUGGAGGGGAGAGAUUCGGUGUGACAGUUAGCAUACACAGGGGCCCCGCCGACUUGAACUGGUGGGUGUCGGUGAUGGACCAGGAGAUCGGCUACUACCCGGAGACCAUCUUCAACACGCGGUUCCCGCAGGCCGUGUACGUGGAGAUGGGCGGGCGGGUGCUCAACACCAGGCCCGGCGGCAACCACACCACCACGCCCAUGGGGAACGGCAUCCCGUCCUGCGCCGGCUCCCGCUUUGCCGCCACCAUCAUGGAGUUCAGCGGCAUCAACUUCAACGGCGUCCUCUUCAACGACAACGCCCACCGAACCAUCGCCACCUCGCCCAGCUGCUACGGAGCUAAUCCCAUGGGGUUCGGGAGAACCAGGCCGGGGUACAACGUUGCCUACGGAGGACCUGGAGGGAUAUUCUGUGACCAAGCUGACGGCUAGCUAGCUAGGAUCAGCAAUUAGCUAGUAGAUGAUUGAUCAGAUGUUUUAUUUCUUUCUUCAAGGAAACUAGGCUGUCAUGCAUGCAUGUCACCUCUCCUCCACCAUUAACUAAUAAUAAAGUUUCCCUCGAA